UUCAAAAAACAUAUGGAAUAUCCAAAACAGGAAAAAAUAGAGGAUUAGUUGCAAGAGAAAAACAAUCAAUUAAAAGAGCGGUAAAAGAAAAAGUAAAAACUAAUCAAACAAUAACAAAUACUACUCAUUCACAAAUUAAAAAUCAAUUUAAAAAACCUAGAAUUGAAGCUGAUUUAUCUGAAACUUCUAGAGUAAAUUUAGAUAAAGAGCGUGAAUUAGCUAUUGAAGAAAGAAAACUUAAACUUGAAAGAGAAAGACUUGAAUUAAUGAAAUUACGUAGAGAACUUAGUUUAAGUGGACUUGAUGAUGAUAAAAUUUAA